AUGAGGGCACCAUCAGGCAGUCUAUACCACCUCCAACCCCGACUCGAUGACAUCCUAAACGAUGUGGCCCCCUUCCCCUACACCCUGGGCGCAUUCAUUGCCUUUCUCUCCGAGCGCCAGUGCCUAGAAACCGUCGAGUUCUUACUGGAAACCAAGCGCUACUGCCGCAUCUACCACUGGCUCGAGCAGAGAACCGAGACCUGCGAGGCCGUCCGCAAGGCCCAUCUCUGCGGUCUGUGGAACCGACUGAUCAACCAGUAUAUCCGGCCCUCCGCGGAGCGCGAGAUCAACAUCCCCUGCGACAUUCGCCAGCGGCUGAUGCAGCAGUUCCACCUGCAAGAGGACGACCCUCCCCCGCCCGAAAUCCUCGAUCAGGUCGUGUGUAACGUCAAGGAGCUGCUGCGCGGGUCGAUCCUCAUACCCUUCCUGCGACGAUCGUCCGCGACCGCGCGCGUCCAGCCGCUCUCCAUGCCAUGUCUGAACGGUAGUUUGCCGGGGGAAGCGAUGUCGGGACCCAGCGUCACGGAUGAUAUAUGGAUGAAUCGAUGCCCGCGAGAGGACUAUCCUCGCGGUCAGGGGGACUCGACGCGUCGGUAUGGAUUCUAUGGCGAGCCGGCCUCGAGUUCGCUGGAAGACGACGGCACGUAUACGAGUAGCGCGGUGAUGUCUUCGGCGUCGGACCAGUCGGAUAUACAGGACUUUGCUGUCCAAAGGAAUGGUCUGACGGAGACCAACUCGCGGGCGAGGGGUCUGUCGGACCGGACGUCUCCAGAGAAUAGGAGAUCUCGUGGCUGGCGAAAGAGGAUCAAGGAGGGGUUGGCGAAGCGUCUUUCUCGAUCGUCGGAUGGAUCGAGUUCUCAAGCAUAA